ACAUACAUAUGUCAUUUCCCUUUUUUUUAAAACUUAAAUUUAUUGCAAUAGAUAAGUUAAACUGAAAAAAUAGAAAGGACUAAAGAGUCAGAAGACAUUUUUUAACACCUUUUUUUAUGAUUGUCUGGAAGCAUUAUUUUCCGACUACAGUAAUCGUUUUAAAACAAGAAGUAAUAAAAGUGCGCAACUAAAAUGGAAGCCGAGCGGCGGUCUAGACCGCCGCGAAUAGAUUUUACGACGAUAGGACUAUCAUCGCCAAGUCCGACUAUGUCAUCAAGUUCCGGAAUCAGCCAAAAGCCAGAUUUCAAAUCCAUUGAUGACGUCAUUUCUAAUUUUGGAUCUCAUACGACAGACAGUCACAACCUACGAUUCCGGAAUGAAAAGCUAGAAUCUCGUCUGUCAUCUCCAGAGGAAACUUUCCAGUGUCCGAUAUGUCUGGAUCAUAUGAUGACGCCAAAACUACUGCCGUGUCUUCACAACGUCUGCAAGAAGUGCUUACAACAGCACAUUCUGGAUUCUGUACGCGAAGACAUUCAGGCCGAUAUAAUGCCGACAUCGUUUCCAUGUCCAGUGUGUAAAAGAAAAACGAAACCGCCAGAAAAGAAUGUUGGCUGUGAGAAAUGGGCUUCGUUCUUCCCGACGAACUACUUUUUGCAAGCGUACAACAUGAUUCUUGCGGUUCAGAGAGAAGACGUAGAUUGUGACCCGUGUAUGAGACGCGGAGAAACAACACUGGCCGCGUGGUGGUGUAGAGAAUGUAGUGAGUACCAAUGUAAUGUAUGUAAAACUGUUCACAGUGGAUUUAAAAUAUUUAAAAAUCACGACGUCAUUGCUGUGAAAGAAAUUGCAAAAAAUCCUGACAUGGCUGUCCCGAACUUUGAGCCAUGUGAAGUACAUAAGGAAAAAGUGACACACUUUUGCCGUGAUCACAGGGUAUCGUGCUGCGGCAAAUGUAUGGUCACAACUCACCGGAAAUGCGAGCAUACAGCAACUGUGGAAGAGCAGUUUGCUACACUGAAAGGUAAAGAUGGAUUACCACAUUUAAUCGAGGUAUUAGCUGACUAUGAGGACACAGCCAAUGAUUUAAUAGAGAGCAGGAGAACCAUCAUGGAAGAUCUGGAAGCCCGGCGUCAAUCUAUCGUGGACAAAGUCAAAACAAUCCGGGAAGGAUUCGAAGAAGACCUCAGAAAACUCGAAGUAAAGCUCCUGGAAGAUUUCGAUAAAUUCCAUGCUGCAGAAAUGAAAAAGCUUCGAAACCUAACUGAAGAAUGCGAAAACCUAGGAAAACAGAUAUCCAAUGCCUUUAAGCUAGUAGAAACCGUAAAGCAUUCUGGGAGUGAAUCGCACAUGAUCAGUCUGAUAGAGAAAGUGUCUCAUGAAUGCCAAAGUUACGAAGCAGAAUUGCGAGAGAAUAAGUCCAAAUUACAGCACGUGGACUAUGACUUCCACGUUGAUCACGUGAUAGAAAACGUUCUGAAGACUGCUAAAAACCUGGGAAAUGUAAACAUCAAACGUACCAAACAAAAAGCACAAAUGAUGAUCUCUGAAAAUCAGUUUUCUUCAAGAAGGACUGUGAAGGAAGUGAAAAGGUUGCGUGUAUGGAUUGCAGGAGAUAGAGGGCGCUGUGGAAUUGUAGGUGGCGUAUACUUCAACGACGGCAGGUUAUUGCUAGCUGACUGUGACAAUUUCAAGGUUAAGCUUAUCACAGACAGUGGGAGAGUUCUGAAUAAACUUGUUUUGAAAAGCAAACCGAGCGACUUUGCCGCGAUUGAUGAUCAAACGUUUGCAGUAUCGUAUCCAAGCGCCUCUGGGAUCCAGUUCAUUCACCUUAACGGAAACAACAUCAAGGAAGGCAACUAUAUUGACACAAAUAGGAUCUAUCAUAGUUUGUCUUAUUCGGACAAUUGCCUGUACCUUUUGUCUAAUUCUGGCAUUUCCGUCUGCGACAAAGAAGGCAGAGAGACAAAUUUUCUCAAGUUUAAAGAGCACGGAGUACCAUCUUCAAACGCACCGUGUUACAUUAAAGCGUGCCCAAGUGGGCUUGUCGUGUCCGAUCCAGAUAAGCACACGGUAAAUUUAUUUUCAUUAGACGGUCGUCUGCUUCAGUCGUACAAAGCUUCGGACCUGAAGCAACCGCUUGGAGUUGAUUUAGACAGCAGUGGAAACAUUUUUGUGUGCUGUAAGCAUUCGUCUAAUGUUCACCAACUUAACGAAGAUGGACAAAGGGUCAAGGUCAUCCUAGCGGACAAAGACGGGAUAGAGAAUCCAAUGGCAAUUCGGUUCCAGAAAUUUACAGAUAAAUUCUUUCUCUCCGAAGCCAAAAUCUCAAGCAGGGAUUUUAUACGUAUUUUUGAAUGGAUUUGAACUUUUACUACAAAGUGAACCGAAUGGUUUAAAGUAAAUAACAGAAAAGUUCAUUAUUUGUUAAAAUUCAUCAAUGUCAUUUAAGUUACCAUUAGAUCUAUAUACAAGAUGUUUUUAUAAAGACCAUAUAUUUAUUUAAAUAUAAACUGUUACAAACUGUUAGAAUUCUACGUUUAAAAAUAGCUAGUGUUUCUUCUGUACAGAUGAUUUUACUUUACAUUUCAUAACAGUACAUGUAUUUAAACAAACAAAACUACAACAUAGAAUCAGAUCAUUCUUGUUUAUUUUCCAUCUACAACCAUAAUGUACUCAAAUUUUCAAAAGUUUUACGUACAGCUGUGUGCAUAAUGCUUCAUUGUCAAGAGUAACCAGCGCCCAUACCCUUAAAAUCCGGCGAAUAUACAUAUUUUUGAUAGCAUAAAUCAUUUUAUUGAUAAUAAAUUGUUUGUAUUGUACCCCGUAUAUUUCCGCUCAUUCAGUAAAGUAUAUAAGACAUAUUUUGAUAUUUUUGGU